AUGGGCGAUGCAAGCAUUUCCCAGGCCAUUGUGCCAGAGGAGUCUUCGAGGAUGAUCCUUUCCCGCGAUGAGACACCGCGUCGCCUAGUUCAACCUAGACUCACGCCAACCGAUCAAGAGGCAGAGGCAAUUAUUGACCGAGCGUACGCGUCUGGGAAGCCCUUUUUUACCAAACGAGCAAUUCAGGAUCUUUGGGACCAAAUCAAGCGCGAACCAGUCCGAGGAUCAGAGAUAUUCAUCAAAGAUAUCACCGGUGCACUAGUUGCAUGCGAGGUGCAGACCGGCCACAUCGAUGAUUGGGAAGAUUGGGUAGAGUUACAAAAGCGAGAUCACAGAGAGAAAGUCCUUUGCUAUUCACAGGAUCCUGCUUACACCGAGGUGGACAAGCAGCUUUUGGCCGAGUCCGGCAUCGAGGUGACCCUAUCCCCAGUCUCCAAAAGACCCCUCAAGGCUUCUCCUCCCCAAUCAUCGCAAACCACCUAG